AAAACACACUUUUAGAUCUACUUGUUACAGCAGAUGAACUUAAUCUUAUUGAAUUAGUUGAUUAUAUUCAAGACUACAUCACAUCUAGUUUAUCGGUCUCUAAUAAUAGUAAUAAUAGUCUAACACCAGAACCAGAGGAAGAGGAAGAGAGUAAUGCAAAUAAUGCAAAUAAUGCAAUGUGUGAAUGGGAUUCAAUGGAUUGGUUUCGACAAAAUAUAGUUCAAGUAUUUAAUACAGUUUCAUGCAAUGGAUCAUUAUUUGGAAGACUUUUAUCACAUUGUAUUAAUUUAAUUAUUUCGGAGCCACGAUUAUUAUUUUUUUCUAAAGACUUUGGAUUAUUACAAGAAGAAGCGUUAAUUUCUAUCAUUUCUAAUGAUAACCUUCAAAUGAAAGAAAUAGAAGUUUGGGAAAGUGUGAUUAGAUGGGGAUUAGCGCAAACAGAUAUUAAAGAACCCGAACCAAAAAAUUGGAGUUUAGAAGAAAUUCAAGAAUUAGAGAAAAUACUUCGAAAGAGUGUUCAACAUGUUAGAUUUUAUCAAUUAACAUGUACAGAAUAUUAUUAUCAAGUUCGAAAAUAUAAAAAACUUUUACCAAAAGAACUUCGAGAAAAUUUGAAAUUAUAUUUUAUUAUUCCACAAAGUAUUCCUAGAACAGCAAUUUUACCAUCACGAAUUCCUAAAUAUACACUUGAAUCCACGAUUAUUGAUUCGAAACGAACAGCAUUAAUAGCAAGUUGGAUAGAUCGUAAAGAAGAUUCAAUAUAUUAUCAAGCGGAAGAAAAUCCAUACAAAUUUAAAUUAUUAUUAAGAGGAAGUCGAGAUGGAUUUUUGGUAGAAGAAACCGGGCAAAUAAUUAUGGGAGGAUAUAAUCCUAGAAGUUGGACAGGAACCAAUAAAUUUAUUACAUCUACAGAAAGUUUUAUAUUUUCAUUAUGUAGUGAAUCACAAUCACAAAUUACAACAUUAAGUAGAGCAGUAGUACCACAAUUUGCAAUAUCAGAUGAUGAUAGUCAAUUUAUUGGAUUUGGAAAUGGGGAUUUAUAUAUCUUUAAAAAUAGUUGUCAAAAGAGGGACUAUAUGUAUUCAAUUUUGGAUAGACCUAAAUUUUCCAUAGAUGAAAUUGAAGUUUUUCAAGUUGUAAAAAAGGAAGAUUAA